GCGCAGGUUUCUCGUGUUCUUCGAAGGCUUCACUUUGAAUAACCGCCGCGUCAGAGGCCGCGAGUUCGCGUAUAGGAGUACCCGACGGUGGACUUGUUUCGCCCACCAGCGACUGCCGUUCGAGCGCAGCCAUGACAACGACGGGAGCCACCGCGCAAACGGUGCCGGCAAGCAGCGAGCCAUACAUUCCAGGCGAAGGGGCGAAGAGGAGCUCGAUCACGCAGGACGUAGAUAUGCAACGCAAGGAACGCAGCUUCCAGGAGUGCCUCGAGUUCCUUCUGCCCGUCUACCUGCUGCCUUUCAUUUUCGGCGACAAGGAGGGCACCUGCAUCUACUGCGUCCUGCUGACGGUCCUUGGCCUCACGGGCCGCCUGCUUCCACCGACCGUAGCCGCCAUGCUGCCCAUCGUCAUCCUGUCCGUCGGCGACAUCUAUAGCGCAGAACGGCUGGCCGCUGAGUACAUGGGUCCCCGCGUGCUGACGGCCAGCCUGCUGUUCGCCAUCGCCUUCCUGGGCGACGAGACGACCGUGUUCCUGCGGCUGUCCCUGCACGCGCUGCGGCGCUACGCCCUGCGGAUGCAGCCGCUCUUCCUCUACAUGCACCUGCUGGUGUUCGCGCUCGGCCUGCUGCUGCCCAGCGCCCUGGUCGUGGUGUUCAGCACCGUGUUCAUCGACCGGUUCGUCACCACCGUGCACAACGAGAUCGCCGCGGACCAGCGCAGCAGCGUGGUGCGCAUCCAGACGGCCAGCUCGUCGCUCAACUACGUCGACGAAGGCCGGCGCCCCCGCUGGGCCGGCCUGGGCCGCAGGGGCAGCGCCCCGCGCCGGAGGCCCCGCAGCGUGUCCAUGGUGAGCGAGAUGACCCUCGCCAGCGAAGCGUCCGCCAGCAGCUCCCUGGUCAGGCAGUACAGGUUGCACCCGCCGGCUCUGUUCCCCGAGCAGCCGACGGUGGCGACGCCCAGCGGAGACGAGAAGAGGAUACCUCGCAAGACUUCGUUCGGCACCUUCGAGCGGGCCGCGCCGCACGACCCGCAGUGGCCGCACCACCUCCCCGUGCGGCACAUCCGCUCCUUCAGCGCGGGCCCCAAGCCGCCGUCGUCCAUCCUGAAGCGCAGUCCCGCCGUGCCUCCGCCGACGCCCCGAGCGUCGGCGACCCCGUGUCCGCAGUCCUCGCCGGUGCCGUCGCCGUGCGCAGCCGUCGCGGCCAAGGAGGACCGCAGGGCCGCUCUCUUCGCGGGGCCGCCCUCGACGCCGCCGUCGGCGCGGUCACCGUCGCCCAGCAGCGACGACCUCAUGCAGGAAGGCCCCAUCGACAGCCCCCGUAGCCCUGGGUCGAUCAUGUACACGCCACUGUCGUCCGCGCUUUCCUCGCCGGCGACUCCGCCCAGGGCACCGCUUUGCAGUGCGGCGACUUCCCCGGAAGCGGUGCUGGACGCCUGCGGUGCCUACGAGUGCAACGCCACCGCGGCGGCGACGACUUCGCGUCAGCAGAGCUGCACCGACGCGGCCGCGCCAGUGGCCGGAAUGUCGUCGUCCAAGGGCUUAAAAGGACGCGGGGAACGUUCGCCACCGCCGAAGAGGACCCGGGCGAAAGUUGCCACCGCCAGGCGGAGCCAGCGUCCAGAAAUUCUAUCCCCGGAGAAGACGGCCGAGGACAACCUGGAGGCGCGAAACAGGCAUCAAACGUCAUCUGCCAGCAGCGUGCGACAGCCAGAUCAACCAGCUCGAGAGACCCUCGAAAUGAAGGCUGACGCCCGAACCAGUUCACUGCGAACGCCAAAGCCCAAUGUAAAGACGGUGCCUGACCCAAAGAUUCAGCCCGAAUUCGAGCCGGUGGCACCGCCGAAAUCUGUGGUGAAGCUCGACACGAAGACGGAGGAGCCAAGGCCCGAGUGCAGAGUGGACCAGGAACUGGAACCACGGGCGGUGGAAGUACGCGGGGUUCUCAAGAAGAGAAAUCCGUCCCUUCAGCCAAGCGCCGCAAGCCGCAGUAGCAGCGUCCGCUACGGACGGUUGCUGUCGCCGUCCGAGAACGACGAUUACGGUCACAUGGCGUACUGUCCGCUCCCAACGACAGACCUCACCGGAUUAGAGCAGCAGACGUCGUCUCCGCGCGUGCGAGCCCUGACAUCGGCUGCACGUCCAGCGUUCGUUGCCGGCGCUGCCUACGCUGCCAUCUUCGGGAACCUCGCCAGCUUCAGCACACUGCCGACGCGGGGCACCGUACUUGUCACCCUCGGCUGCAGCGACGACGACUGCCCGGUAAAUUGGUGGAGGUGGCUGGCCGUGUCCUUGCCCGUGGCCGUGAUCUGCUGCAUCAUUUCCUGGACCUUCAUCUACUGCGCCAGCCUCGUCAGCUGCGAUGACGAGAUUGACGAGCAAACGCACGAAGACAUGUCCAAGUGUGCCCGGGCCCGGCAGUGCAACAUGAAGAAGCACACCGUGCGAGAGGCUCUCUUGUUCUACUGGCUCAUCGGGAUCCCGGUUGUCUCCAGCGCUUACGCCACUCGUUAUCCCGAAGGGUACGCGGAAGGGCCCUUUCUGGGUCUCACGCUGUUGGUGCUGAGCGUCGCUCCCGGCUCGACGUGGCGCCGGUGCUGGUCGUUUCGCCUGCUGUGCUGGCGCAACCUGUGCUCUCGCAUGCCUUGGAACGUGAUCCUCACGCUGGGCUCCGUCAUGGCGCUCGCCAAGACCGUCGAGGAAUACCGGCUGGUCGAGGCGGGUCUGGCGAAGCUGGAUGACCACUUCUGGACGCAGCGGUCCACCGAGGCCAGCCAGUUCAUCCUGGUGAGCGUGGCAGCCGUUCUCUCCGAACUUGUGGUCGGUGACUCGCUCGCAAGAUCCAUGGCGGCCACGGUGAUCAGAGUGGCGGUGGCGACCGAGACCCCGGUGUCCUUCUACGUGGUACCGGUGAGCCUGGCGGCCUCCAUUAAUGUGAUGCUGCCAGUAUCACUGCCGCUGCUGAUCAUGCGUGAAUACCUGCAGACCAAGUGCGCGCAGAUGGUGGCCUAUGGCGUGUUCCUCAAGUGCGCCGCCGUGGUGGUCAUAUUCAUCUCGAUGAACACGGUCGGCCUAAUGCUCUUCCAAGGCGAUCCGCCGGCGAGAACACAAGCCAUGUUUGCACUGCACAACGCCAGCGACGUUGAGGCGACAACUAUGUGACGCCGUGCUUAGCGUUAAUUGAGAAACGCAAACCUUCGAAGUUCGUUCAUUCUAUUUUUCAUCGUACGUCGUUGAGUGUCCAGUGUUUCUCUCCUUAGAGGACCUGUCGCGCCUGAAAGGUGUUGAGCGUGCGCGAAAUUUUUGUUUAUGUGUUCAAUCCGGCACGCCACGUUUUUUUUUUCACUUUUUGAUGUAACUUCGUUACUGUCCGCUUGUGAGCUGAUUGCUGCCAGCUGGUGACAGUAAUCUAAUGUUCAGAGAGCGUGUCUGCAACCACAGAAUAGGGUUCUAGCUAUCGCUCUUUAAUUUGUUGCUGCACAGUGCAGUGCAUGUUUAACAGUGCAUGUUCUUGCUGAACGGUUUGCCGCGUGCACUGCGAAUUGCGCAAUGUGACGACGAGCAUCGCCAUCCUGUAAUCUGCUUCAGUUACAGAAUAACUCAAACCAAUUUCAUCUUUUUUUUUCUUCGAUCUCGCGACUGCUUUAGCUUUGCUAUAACGUCUGACGCAGAGAUUAUCGUCACGGUGUGUUUAUUAUUUUUCUAGACAGAUGCCCGAAAACGUUUCGUGUUUUUUCUCUGCACGCAAAUGUUGAGAAGCGCCAGCGUCUGUCCGAGCUCAAGCAACCCAAAGUGUGCGCCUAACAUAUUGAUUUCCGAACUCCUAUGUUUAUCGCGUGUAUGCUUUUUUUUUCUUCUUCCGGACAUUACCUAGAACUGGUUCACGAAGAUUCUAAUAACUAACCAAGAACUGACCCAUGAGGACUCUAGUAUACCACUUGUCUAUAUAUGCAUACGCUGUGUGUUCGAGAGCCAUGUCUAUGGCGUUGCGGUGCAUGGGUGACAUGCGCGCGAGCAUUGCACAUUUGCCUAAACGAUCUGGUGGCCGGUGAGCAACAGCUGGUGUGCACAGGAUUUCUCCAACUGAACAUUUGAGACAAUAAAAAGACAGUGGGCUUCAUAAAUU